AUGGCGAGUGAGAAGGUUCUUCUCCGUGUGUCACCUAUGAAGAGCGUGAUACAGUUUUGGAAGAAAGGCAAGUUGAGCCCAAAGUUUAUUUGCCCGUUCGAGAUCUUGGAGAGAGUUGGGAAGGUUGCUUAUAGGCUUGCAUUGCCUCCCAGCCUAGCAGGGGUACAUCUGGUAUUUCACAUUUCCAUGCUUUGGAAGUACCAUGAGGACAUGCCGUAUGUGGACUUCAGCACGGAGCAACUUGAUGAGAAUUUGACCUAUGAGGAAGAGCCGAUAGAUAUUCUUAACCGGCAUAUUCGGAAGAAGGUUCUUCUCCAUGUAUCACUUAUGAAAGGCGUGAUGCGGUUUAGGAAGAAAGGUUUCCUAGUGAUAGAAAAAGACCUCAGUAUGGCAACUUUUUUUGGUUUCAUGUCUUGUGUCAUGGGCUACCAAAAAGCAAAAAUUCGGGCCCUAUCUACUGACUGA